GCCAUUUCAAUAGACAAUAAAUGAAAAUGCGCCUUCCUCUGUCACUAGAAGUCUUAGCGGCUCUGGCUUCGUAUGCUGUUGCGCUCCCAUCAUCAUCAGCAGCGGCAUCUUCCGAAUAUCAGCGUCACCACAAACGUGCUCCCGAGCUACUUGGAUCCAACUUCGGUAUUCCUACUUACAAUCGCACCUUCGACUACAUUGUCGUCGGUGGCGGCAAUGCCGGUCUGCCUCUCGCCUACCGCCUUGCACAGGAUGGCAAGACUCAGGUCGCUGUCAUCGAGGCAGGCAGCUUCUACGAAAUCAGCACUGGCAAUACAAGCCAGAUUCCCGCUAACGAUGUCUAUUGGACGGGUACCAGUCUAAGCGAUGUCAAUCCUCUUGUCGACUGGGGAUUUCACACUACUCCACAGGCUGGUCUUGGUGGUGCCGUGGCACACUAUGCUCGUGGCAAAACGUUAGGUGGUUGCACUGCUCGUAACUACAUGGCUUAUCAGCGUCCCACGACGGAAUCGAUGCAGGUUUGGGCUGAUAAAGUGGGAGAUCAAAGCUACACGUUUGAAAAUAUGUUGAAAUGGUACAAGAAAAGCUUGAAUUUCCAGCCACCUAGACGGGGCCAGCGAUUCAGCAAUGCCACACCAGAAUACGAUCAGUCUACCUUAAAUAUCGGAGGACCCCUAAAUGUUUCAUUCCCAAACUAUGCUCAAGCGUUUUCUACUUGGAUCAGAAACGCGUUCCAGGAGCUUGGUAUUAGGCCUAUUAAAGCCUUCACGAGCGGCAAUCUUAUAGGCUCUUCAUGGGAUGUUACUACCAUCAACAGCGAGAAUGGCGAGCGUGCCAGCAGUGAAGCCGCAUUUUUGCGCCCUGUACUUGAAUCGGGCCGGACUAAUCUCGUCGUUUACCCAGAGACUCUGGCCAAGAAGGUUCUCUUUGACGGCACCAAGGCCAUAGGUGUUCUUGUGGACACUUCCGGGGCCGAAUAUGUACUCAGUGCGAAAAAAGAAGUCAUCGUAUCCGCCGGCGUUUUCCAGUCACCGCAACUUCUGAUGGUUUCUGGUGUUGGUCCUGCGGCCACAUUAAAACAGUACGACAUACCCGUCGUUAAAGAUUCUCCCGGAGUAGGCCAGAACAUGAUCGAUCAGCUACUGUUCGGUCCAUCUUACCGAGUCAAGGUCUCUACUGCCUCUUCUCUUGCUCCUGGCCUGUCCAGCUAUUAUGAAGCUGUCGAUAAGUUCUACAGCAAGCAUGGAGGUCCUCUCUCUAGCCCCGGUGGAGAUUUCCUUGGAUUCGAAAAAAUUCCACAAUCACUCCGUUCGAGCUUUAGCAACAAUACAUUGAAGUCUUUGGCAGAAUUCCCCGCCGACUGGCCCGAGGUUGAAUAUCUCGCAGUGGCGGCAUAUUUCGGAAAUGCCAAAAACCUGGUUGAAGGUUCCCCAGCUGAUGGUAGCCAGUACGCGACGCUAGCGAUUGGACUAGUGGCACCUACAUCCAGAGGCAACAUUAGCAUCAGUUCUAGUGACAUGUCCGACGCACCCCUCAUCAAUCCAAACUUUCUCGGCACAGAGACGGAUCGUGAAGUUGCUAUUGCCGCAUUCCGCCGCGUCCGACAGGUAUUCAACAGCAAUGCCAUGGCCCCAGUCGUCGACGGACAGGAAGUUUAUCCUGGAUCGCAAUACCAGACCGACAAUCAAAUCCUAGAUUAUAUAAGCUCAAGUUUCAGCUUGCUUUUCCACGCGUCAUCUACGUGCAAGAUGGGGUCAGCAAAUGAUUCCAUGGCCGUCAUUGAUCCUACUGCCAAGGUGUACGGUGUACAAAAUCUGCGCGUUGUCGACACAUCUUCAUUUCCAAUCCUCCCCCCGGGACAUCCCAUGUCGACUGUGUAUGCGCUGGCGGAGAAGAUUGCUGCAGAUAUUAUUUCAGGUAAUUAG